CAGGGUGCCGGGCUCAGCCUGAGGCCUGAGACCCGGGCCGACCCACGGGAGCCGGGAGGGGUCGGACACGAGGAGCAGAGCGCGGGGAGAACCUCUGCGCUCCCAGCCCACCGCCGAGGUCGCGGCACCCCUAUCACGUACCUAGCCUCUCAGGCCCCGGCCUGUCCUCGGCACCGCCACAUCACGCCUAAUAUGGCCGCUCGUGCUGGGACCGGCCCGGUGCACAGAGAGCCGGACCGAGGUCCGAGGCCAGGUAUCAUGGCCCACGCCUUGAUUGAGGUGGAGCGAAAGUUCAUUCCUGGGCCUGGCACAGAGAAACGGCUGCAGGAGUUGGGGGGCACCUUAGAGCACCAGGUCACCUUCUGGGACAGAUACUAUGACACGCCUGAGCUGAGCCUCAUGCGGGCUGACUACUGGCUGCGGCAUCGAGAGGGUAGUGGAUGGGAGCUCAAAUGUCCUGGAACAACAGGUGUCUCAGGACCCCACCAGGAGUAUGUGGAACUCACAGUUGAGCCUGCAGUUGUGGCCCAGCUCUGUGAGGUGCUGGGGACUGAGGUCCUGGGGGCAGGAGGUGUGGCAGCUGUGCUGGGCCCACUGGGGCUGCAGGAAGUAGCUAGUUUUGUGACUAAGCGUAGUGCCUGGAAGGUGGUGCUCUCUGGAACUGAUGAAGAGGAGCCUCUGCUCAGGGUGGACCUGGAUACAGCGGACUUUGGCUACACCGUGGGUGAGGUAGAGGCCCUGGUGCACGAGGAGGCUGAAGUCCCAGUUGCCCUGGAGAAGAUCCACAGUCUCAGCAGCAUGCUUGGUGUGCCUGUACAGGAGACAGCACCUGCCAAGCUGAUGGUAUACCUACAGCGUUUCCAGCCUCAGGACUAUCAGCGCCUGCUACAAGUACACAGACUCAGAGAGAAGCCACAGGGGACUAAAGAUCCUGAAGGCAACUUGGGCUAGGGUGUCAGUUCCUCAACAGGGAAGAGUCUGAGUCUAACAGGGUUCCCUCCUGGGCUCACUAUGCCUCUUCCCCUGGCCUCCUUCUCACACUGACUCCCCGCUCUCCAGCCCUUCCUGUUCUUUCACCUUACCCUCAGCUAUCCUUUCUUGAGCCCUCCCUGGCUGCCUCCUUUCCCUCAUCCGUCAGAUGCAAUCUGUGGGCCGCCCCUCUCCCCUGGCCGCUAAGCAGCCUCCAUUGAUUUCCGCUCGUGUUUAUAGGAUUUCCACUUAGCUGUGAUCAGUAGUUAAGCACAGGAAAAUCCCUUGCCACCCCCCUCCCUUGGUCGAUGCCAUUGAUUCUGCCAGCGGCUCCUAAACCGCCUUACAGCUGAGUUAGAGAUGAGGGGAGGGAUUUCCCUGCCUUGGGGUGUGGGAAAUAGCAGCAGGUUGGGGAAGUGGGUGAGAAUCUGUCAGAAAUCUAGAAGUUCUGGUUUUACUUUUCGCUCCUGCGCCCUACUCUGGCCCAGAUGGUAGAGUGUCUCCUAUGGAGGUUUAGGGGCAAAUUUGCU